CUUUUUUGCACGUUGCUGUGAGUUGCUCAAUCCGAAUCUCGAUCGCAUUUGCUUGUAAAUUCUUGAGGCGAACGCGCGGCGCGUGCAUUGAACGAUUACAUAAAGCAGUCACACGCAGAGAGCGAAAAGAAAAUGCAGAAAGCCCUCAAAAAGGAGCUGAGCUUCUCGCUGGAUACGCUGGAACGCUAUCGCGCCAAAUAUGGACGCAGUGCAUCGCUGGACACAAAUGGUCACAUCUCCACACAUGCGGAGCUACAGCGCAGCGAUGCAACUACUGCAACAAUGGCAAUAACAGCCGCUCCAGCUCGUCGCUCACCGCCGCCCUCGCUUUUUAAGGCCAACUCGCCGCCGAAGCUGACCAAGCUGCAGGAACUGCAGCAGAAGAAGGAGGCCUAUAUGCGAGCACGCGCACACGAACGCGAAAUGGAGCAGCUGCAGCGCGACAUGGAUAAAGUAAACAGGAAUGGCACUGCCAGUGCCAAUGCAGGUGCCAGUGCCAAUGCAAGUGCCAGUGCCAAUGCAAGUGCCAGUGCUAGUGUCUUGGACGUGACUAAACCCAGCAUCACCAGCAGCACGAUCCCGGCUGCUAGCAACAGUGAAAGCACAAAGGUCGUUGCCAAGAGCAGCGCGACCGCCUUGACGCAACAGGCGGCGACAAGUGGCAAGAGUGGCGCUGGCUACAGCAAUUGGGGCAACAGUCACACAACGCUCAGCUCGCAGUCGUGGUGUGCCAUCAGUGAUCUCAUGUAUUUCUGUGACAAAUACGAGUUCAAGACCCUGAGCACACGGGAUCUGAAGACGCAUCAGGAGAUCGUUGCCGAGGUGCGGUCGCUGUUGUCGGGCAAAGCGCCAUUUGAUCAGCGCACCCGUUUUCCGGGCAACAUUCACGAUCCGGAGAAUCUGUGGGUGUGCAUUGGCCGUUGUGCCAGCGUUGAGUAUCAUCUGCAGCGCAUCAUUAGCGUCUUUCGCAAGCCCCUCAACCAGCUGACGCCGGACAAACAGCGCGCAGUGCGUCAGAAUUUUCAUUUGGCGGUGAGUGAACUCCGGCUGGACAUUUCGGCGCGCAUCAGUGAGGUGCGUCUCUAUGAUAGACUGGUGUUCGAGCGUGAAUUCCGACUGGAGUGGCAGGAUGAGGCCUAGAAGCAGAAGUAGCACUUGUACAACAACAACAACAUCAAGCAGGUGCAGCUGGUGAUUUUUGAACAAGCACACAACAGUGGACAACAAAUUUAUUUAUUUGCUUGGAAUUGCUUUUGUCGUUUGUUUUGGUUUUUUUGGUGCAGCUGGUGAAAAAUAUUACAAAAUAUAUUCACACAGAAUUCAUGAAAUGCACAAAUACACAUAUAUAUUUUACAAAGACCCCAUUUCAAUAAAGGGCUAGUGGAAGUUGCUCUCCAGAACAAUACUCUGGAGACUGUGUACCACAUAACAAUUGCUUAA